CUGCAACCCAACAGCCAGUGCUGAUACCUUGGAAUGAGCACACUAUAAAAGAGAACAAGGCUCCUAGUAAGAAAGCAUACAGUUUUUUUUCAUAGAGUGACAGCUUUCUGACCUACUUUGGCUUUGUUUGCUUUGUUUUUGUGACCUGCAAUGAGUGAAAAAAAUGGAGCUGUCAAGAAGAGAAGAUCAAACCAGGCAGAUGUUCCUGAUAGUCUUUGCCAAGAAGCAGAAACAUGCUAUCGGCUUAGACUGCCUGAGGACUUCUACCAGUUUUGGAAGUUUUGUGAGGAACUAGAUCCUGAGAAACCAAGUGAUGCACUUGUGUCAAGUGUUGGACUUAAGCUGGUUGGACCAUAUGAUAUUCUUGCUGGAAAACACAAAAAAGCAAAAGCAACAGAUGUGAACUUCAAUCUUCAUUGGAGAUUCUUCUAUGAUCCUCCAGAAUUUCAGACUAUACUUGUUGGGGAUAGCAGAACACAGUAUCACAUGGGAUAUUUCAGGGAUGUGCCAGAUGAGCUCCCAGUGUGGGUUGGUGCAAAUGAAGCGAAGAAGGGUUGUGUGAUUUCACAAGUUGGUGAUAAUGUCUUUGCUGCAGUCAAAUUAUUUUUGUCAAAAAAACUUAAGGAAGUGGCUGAUAAAAAGAAAAAUGCUGUUUUGAAAGACAUAGAUGAAAAGCUAACAAGAACAGCAAAAGAACUGGGUUAUUCUCUGGAACAAAAAACCCUGAAGAUGAAACAGAGAGAUAAGAAAGUGGUGACCAAAGCAUUUCAUGGAGCAGGCCUAGUUGUUCCUGUAGACAAAAAUGAUGUUGGAUACAGAGAACUUCCUGAAACAAAUGCUAAUCUUAAAAAAAUUUGCAAGGCCAUUGUUGAUGCACCGACUGAUGAGGAGAGAGUGAAGGCCUUUGCACCCAUUCAAGAAAUGCUGACCUUUGUUCAGUUUGCUAAUGAUGAAUGUGAUUAUGGAAUGGGGUACGAGCUGGGCAUGGACCUGUUUUGCUAUGGAUCACAUUACUUCCACAAGACAGUGGGCCAGCUGCUGCCCCUGGCUUACACGCUGCUGAAGAGGAACCUCUUUGCCGAAAUCAUCGAGCAGCACCUGGGCAACCGGCGGGAGGAGGGCCUGGAUCGCCUGGCGCCCUGAGCCGGGCACGGGGGCUGCGGCUGGGGCGGCCCUGUGCGCCCGGGACCGGGCUUGUCUGUGUGUCUGUGGGUCUUUUUGUACUUGGUGGCGGUGUCCCCUCGGUCAGUAAAGGUUUUCUAAGGAACGCGCUGCUUCCCGCUGCUGGCUGCGCACGGCGGGCCCGGGGCGGGGAGCGGGGCUGAGGAGCUGCGGGGGCUCCAGGGUAGCACGGCGGGGCCAGGCCGCUGCCCACGUCCCUGCUCCAGGUGAUGGUUCUGCCCUUCUCCAUUUCUCCAGUUGUGUCCUGCCCCUCAGGUAAAGCAUUCCUUACUGCAGCAUUCCCUUCUGUGGCAAAGCACUAUCCCUGCUCCUGCGCUGCUGGAGCUGGUUCAGGUGGGAGGAAACUGAUGGGAUGAAGGAAAUGCUAACUGACAUUGCAAGAGAAAUUAGGAAUUCCACUGCAGUUGCUACCUUGCUAAUAAGAAGCCAUCUCCAGUUUUAAAUAUUUAAAAAUUAAACCCAAGUGAUUUUGUACAAGGUGCAAAUUAAUUGCGUUCAAGGUCCUUAGUCCCCACUUCUUGUUACUGCACUUGCAGGUGUAUUCUCUGACAGUUAAUUAAAGUAACAGUUUACAAACAA